GGGACGGCAGCGCGCUCACCCUGCUCUUCCUCUUCUGCAGCUCACCCUGCUCUUCCUCUUCGCGCGAGGCCGGGCUGGGGGCGGGCAGCAUUCGGGGCUUCCAGGGAAGCGUGGCACAGGCAGGGAGGGAACCCGUGCACCCCCGGGAGGAUGCUGGGGAUGGGAGAAGCAUCACCGUGGCAGCCCCUGGCUACCAUGGACCUGCUCAGGGAUGGCAUGACCAUCCCACAUUGCUCAGCCGGGAAGGCAAGUCAGCAAAGCUCCUGCCUGACACACUUUUUUCCUGACUUCCUCUAAAAGUGGAAUUGGUCUUACAGUGUCCUGCAAGUGACCAUGACACCCUUCUGGAGCUGGGGCCUCCCUGCUGGGCACAGCGGGGGGCUCAGCCCAAAACACCCAGGCAGUGUCCAGGCUGAGCAGAGUGGAGCUGACCUGGGUUGUGCCAGCAAUGGAGAUAUGUGGUGGCACUUGGCAGUGGCACUGGUGGUGCUCUGUCCUGAGGCUUUCCCCAGUCAUGUGGGCCAGGCUUGGGGGUGGUGACAGGGUGGCCACCCUUCAGUGGGACUGCACAGAGCCCUGGGGAACCCCCACGUCCUGCAGCCUCUUGGGGAUGCAGAGGCAUGGAGCAAGGCUGUGGGCCAGACAGGACCAGGCAUGGCUGAGGGGGCUUUGCUGGGUGGGACCCUCGCAGAUCAGGGCUCAGUGGAGGCUCCACGGUGGUAGUAGAGCCCUGAGUACACAGGGCUGGACCCUGAUGGUGCCAGGACCUGGUGGGAAGCAGCUGAGAGGGGCGACGGGGCUGGGAGCUGCCCAGCUGCAGCACAGCCAUGAGCCAGUGCUGGCCGUGGGUGCAGGGACUGGCAGGGAGGGGAGGAAGCACAGGAAAUCUCGCAAUGGCUGUAUGGUCAGCCCCGGGUUUCCUGUUCCUCCCCACGAGCUGGAGCUGCACGGGGUCAAGACCACGCCAGCCCGGGUUCCAGCAGGACGCCAGCAGCAGCCCCACGGCGGGGACCUCACAGCAGACGCAGCCUCCCCCCACCCAGCCGGUGGUGCCAUGGGUUUCGGGCCGGAGCUGUGGUGCCCGCGGGGGCACAGCGCGCUGCUGCGGCUGCAGGACGGGGAGCUGCGUCUCCUGGAGCUGAUGAAGAAGUGGAUGUCGCAGCGUGCCAAGAGCGACCGGGAGUACGCAGGGAUGCUGCACCACAUGUUCUCCCAGCUGGAGAAGCAGGAGGGCACUGGGCAGCUCCGUGGUGACCGUGGUGGCCAGAUGGAGAAGACCUGGUGGGUGCUGGCAAGCCGGACAGAGACGCUGAGCCAGAUCCUGCGGCAGCACGCAGAGGAGCUGGUGGCAGGGCCGCUGGCCAAGCUGAGCCUGCUCAUCCGCGACAAGCAGCAGCUGCGCAAGACCUUCAGUGAGCAGUGGCAGCUGCUCAGCCAGGAGUACACCAGGACGACACAGCAGGAGAUGGAGAAGCUGAAGGCGCAGUACCGCAGCCUGGCACGUGACAGCGCCCAGGCCAAACGCAAGUACCAGGAGGCCAGCAAAGACAAAGAGCGGGACAAGGCAAAGGAGAAGUAUGUGCGCAGCCUCUGGAAGCUCUAUGCCCUGCACAACCAAUAUGUGCUGGCCGUGCAGGCAGCUGCACUGCACCACCAGCACUACUACCAGCGGGUGCUGCCCAGCCUGCACCAGUCCCUCUACAACCUGCAGCAGGAGAUGGUCCUCAUCCUAAAGGAGAUCCUUGGGGAGUACUGCAGCAUCAGCAGCCUGGUACAGGAGGACGUUCUUGCCAUUCACCAUGAGAUUGCCGGUGCCAUCGAGGCCAUCAACCCUGCCACUGAGUACAGCAGCUUCAUCCAGAGCCACCAGUAUGACUCCGAGGUGCCACCAACUGUGUCCUUUGAUGAGAGCCUGCUGGAGGAGACAGAGAGCCUGGCACCAGGGGAACUGCAGCUGAAUGAGCUGACCCUUGAGAGCGUCCAGCACUGCCUGACGUCAGUCGAGGAGGAGCUGGCGGCUGCCAUGGAGGCUGUAAGCAGCAAGGAACAGCAGGUGUGGGAGCUGAAUGCAGAGAUCCAUGAAGAGGAGCAGGGCUGGAGCCCUGGGAAGCGGGUGCACUUGCUGAGCAGGCGGCAGGGGCUGCUCGAGGCACAGCAGCAGCUCGAGGGCUGCCUCUGCACCCAGGCCAAGCUGCAGGCACAGCGGGACAUGCUGGCAGGGAAGCUGGCAGAGCUGGGGGCCAGAGAGCCCCUGCCUGCCCUGCCUGUGCCAGAGGACCGGCAGUCUGUCUCCUCCACGGAGCAGGAGCGAAGUGGGGCCAGUGCUCUAGAGACCCUCAAGAACCACAUCACGGGUAUCUUCAGCCCCAAGUACUCGCUGCCCCCCCCCGUGCCCCUGAUCCCGGAGGUGCAGAAGCCGCUGUGCCAGCAGGUCUGGUAUCACGGGGCCAUCCCACGCUCGGAGGUGCAGGAGCUGCUGACCUGCAGUGGGGACUUCCUGGUGCGGGAGAGCCAGGGCAAGCAGGAGUAUGUGCUCAGCGUGCUGUGGGAUGGGCAGCCCCGGCAUUUCAUCAUCCAGGCUGCCGAUAACAUGUUCCGACUGGAGGGGGACAGUUUCCCCACCAUCCCGCUGCUCAUCCAGCACCUCCUGCAGAGCCAGCAGCCCAUCACCCGCAAGAGUGGCAUCGUCCUGGCCAGGGCUGUACCCAAGGACAAAUGGGUGCUCAACCACGAAGACGUGUUGCUGGGGGAGCGCAUUGGCCGGGGUAACUUUGGGGAGGUGUUCAGUGGCCGCCUGCGUGCUGACAACACCGCUGUGGCUGUGAAAUCCUGCCGGGAAAACCUCCCGCCUGAGCUCAAGGCCAAGUUCCUUCAGGAAGCCAGGAUCCUCAAGCAGUACAGGCACCCGAACAUUGUGCGGCUCAUUGGUGUCUGCACACAGAAACAGCCCAUUUACAUUGUCAUGGAGCUGGUGCAGGGGGGGGACUUCCUGAGCUUCCUGCGCAGCGAGGGGCCCCAUCUCCGGGUGAAGGAGCUGGUCAGGAUGACAGAGAAUGCUGCUGCUGGCAUGGAGUACCUGGAGAGCAAGCACUGCAUCCACAGGGACCUGGCUGCUCGCAACUGCCUGGUGACGGAGAGGAACACCCUGAAGAUCAGUGAUUUUGGGAUGUCACGGGAGGAGGAGGAUGGCAUCUAUGCCUCCACAGGGGGGAUGAAGCAGAUCCCUGUCAAGUGGACGGCCCCUGAAGCACUCAAUUAUGGCCGAUACAGCUCGGAGAGCGAUGUCUGGAGCUUUGGGAUCCUGUUGUGGGAAGCCUUCAGCCUGGGUGCCAUCCCCUAUGCCAACCUCAGCAACCAGCAGACACGGGAGGCAGUGGAGCAGGGUGUGCGGCUGGACCGCCCCGAGCAGUGCCCUGAGGAGGUGUACCAGCUGAUGCAGCACUGCUGGGAGUAUGACCCCCACAAGCGGCCCAGCUUCAGCACCAUCCACCAGGACCUCAUUGCCAUCCGCAAGAGGCACCGUUGAUGGGGGCACCAGGGGCCCUGGAUCAAUCCCGCAGCAGUGUCCCUCCCUUGGGCAGUGACGGAGCCCCUGGAUCCAUCCCAUGGCAGUGCCUGGGGGCACAGCAGAACCCUGCCUGGGCAGCACGUGCUGUGGUGCAGCUGUGGGUGCCUGUGCCCCUUUCCUUUUCCAGAGGCUCCCGCAUGCCCUGGGUGGAGGUCACAGCACAUGCAGCUCCUGCCCGGCUUCAUCCUGCUCAAUAAACAGCUGCGUGUCUGGAGUCUGUGAGGGGAUAUGGGUCUGUACUGCACUGGGAUGGGGCACUGAGAGACGAGACACUGGGAUGGAGCACCGUAAAGAUGCACCAGGACGGGAUACCAGGACAGGGCACACGGGGACAGAGUGCACCGAGAUAGAG